AUGGAAAAUCAUCAAUACCGUACACUUGAAGCAACCGAUAAUGGUGAUUCAAUAAAUGUUUUUCAAAGUUCAAAUAGCUCUGCUCAAGAUAAUAUUAUACAACAAAAUCAAAAUAAUAUAGAUAGUAAUCAAAAUUGUAAUAAUAAAGAAAAUAACUAUAUUCAAAGUAAUUAUCUUGAAGAAGAUUACCGUGAUGUAAAAAAGAAUAAAAAAACUGGCACCAAAAUAUUUUUAAAUAUAUUAUCUAGUGUCCUCGGAAGUUUUGGAGAUGAUUUUCUUUGA